AUGAAAGAUUUCAACUUAAGUUGCCACUACAACACCUUGCACAAAGUUAAAUAUGAGAAGUACACUGGAGCUGCAAGGGCCGCUGUCGUAGCCGACCUCAAAUCAAAAGUAAACCAACAACAGCAACUUUUCACCAGAGCCACAACUACACAGGAAUCAGCACUCAAAGCCUCUUAUGCUGUUUCACUUGAGCUUGCCAAAGCAAAGAAGCCAUUGUCAUAUGGGGAAAUUGUCAAGGUGUGCACCGUGGAAAUGGCUAAAGCUUUUGGUGACGAUAAGAUGCUUAAACACUUUGAAACGGUCUCUUUGUCCCAACGCACAGUGACGCGCAGAAUUUUUGACAUUCACGAUCAUGUCGAAAUUAAGCUGAGAAAAGUCAUGCAUGACUGCAAGUACUUCUCUUUGGCUUUGGAUGAGAGUACAGAUGUGAUGGAUGUUAGCCAGCUACUGAUUUUUACAAGAACUAUUGAUAGUUCAUUUGAAGUGCACGAGGAGCUAUUACAAUUGGUUUCUCUGCAUGAUACGACUAAGGGCACCGAUAUAUUCAAUGCCGUUGACAGUGUUGCAAGUGGAUUUGGUGGCUUUGACAAGCUGUCAACUGUUGUUACGGAUGGCGCACCCGCGAUGCAGGGAAGACACAGAGGUUUCGCAGGGCUCCUCCGACAGAGCGGGGUAAACUGCCCUAUACUGCACUGUAUCAUACAUCAGGUAAAGUGGGAGGUGACUCCAGACAUGCAGAAGACAUGUUCAUACAAAGGGAAAAGUUUGGAGAACGAAUGUCGUAAUUACAUCCGGAUCCUUCAUAAAAUGCCAGAUGGCAGGAUGUAUGUGUGUGGUACCAAUGCUUUCGAUCCAAUCUGUGAUUUAAUGUCUUAUACAGACGGCAACCUGACCCUGGAAAAUAGACAACAUAAUGGGAGGGGAAAGUGUCCAUUUGAUCCUUUCCAGAGAUACGCCUCUGAACUUGUUGAUGGAGAGCUGUACUCUGCUACAUCUGUGAAUUUCCUGGGCUCAGACAUGGCUGUGAUGCGAAGCUUAAAGUACACUCUACGAUCUGAUUACUCGUCUUCUUGUCUCAAUGAGCCCAUUUUCAUUGACAUGAAGCAUGUCGCUGAGGGAAAGGAAAACCCAGAGGGGGAUGAUGACAAGAUUUACAUCUUCUUUAGUGAAAUAGCUGUUGAGUAUGACUCCUACAGUAAGAUGCAAGUGUCAAGGGUGGCCCGCAUCUGUAAGGGGGAUAGAGGAGGACAGUGGAUAUUGCAGAAGAAGUGGACUUCAUUUCUAAAGGCUCAUCUGGACUGUCCUGUCCCUCAAAGCAAACUGCCUUUAAUUAUACAGGAUGUGUUCCUCUUCUGUCCAGGCAAUUGGACAACCUGUGUGUUCUAUGGAGUCUUCACUCCUCAGACGAGCACAUCGCAGUACUCUGCAGUGUGUGCCUAUGGGAUAAAACACAUCAGGGAAGUGUUCUCUGAAGGCAAAUUCAAAAUGCUGUACAAUAACUAUCCUGUUACAAAAUGGGUGACGUACAACGGAGAAGUGCCUGACCCCCGUCCUGGAGCUUGUAUUAACAAUGACGCAAGGCAGGAAGGGUUUUCCCAGUCUUUGGAUUUGCCGUAUAAAACCCUUCAGUUUGUCAGAGACAAGCCUCUGAUGGAUCAGGCAGUGACUCCGUCCUCUCAACGGCCCCUACUGGUGAAGGAAGGAGCUGCAUUUACAAGUAUAGUGUCGGCCAGCACUACUGCCCUGGAUGGGAGCAGCCAUCAGGUCAUGUUUAUUGGCACAGCAAGUGGUUCAGUGCUGAAAGCAGUCGACUAUAAUGGAGAGAUGGUGAUCAUAGAGGAGAUGCAGCUCUUUAAUCAUUCUGAGCCAGUGAAGAUACUGCGCCUCUCCACCACCACGGGUCAGCUGUAUGCAGGCUCCGAGGCGGCAGUGGUGCAGAUGCUGCUGAGUGCAUGUGGCCAUUACAUCUCCUGUAUGGACUGUGUGCUGGCCAGAGACCCGUACUGUGGCUGGGACUUCUCCUCCGACAGCUGCAUUGCUAUAAACAACACUCACCAAGAGACACACAGUGAGGUGAUUCAGAGCCUGAGAGAUGGAAAUGCUACACGUUGUCCUCCAGUCGAGAGCACAAAGACCAUUAUAAACUUCUACCCAGGUAGUAUGGUAAGGCUGCAGUGCCAACCUGGAUCAAACUGGGCUCAAGUGAAGUGGCUUGUCAACAAUCAUCCAGUUAAAAACUCCAACAUGCACCACAUUCAACACAACAGCCUGUUGAUCUUCAAUGCCACAAGCAGCGACACGGGCCAUUACACCUGCACCUCUGAAGAGACCUCCAAUGGCAAAACGUAUGCCACCCAAAUUACUAUGUAUGAGCUGAGGCUGGAGGAUGUCACGGGGCAUCUCGUGGCUCUCAAAGUUCUAGUCAUCAUCUCAGCAUUGAUGUUAUUUGGGGUUGUGUCAUGGAACUUCUACAAAGGGUAUUUUCCCAUCCUGAGAUGCUUCAAUAAAGCUGAGGAAAGACCACAGAGCACAUCUGGAUGUCAGGGGCCACUGCAAAUAGUAAACAGCAAUAAGGUAGCAUCAACAGGGUACAGCAGCAACAGUAAUAAUAAUCAUAAAAGAAUUGCUGAAUUCCAUGAUACUGUAAACCUGUAAGCCUGGCUGACGCGACUUCAAAGCUCUACGAGCAUUUGGUCUGGCAAAGACCAAUAGCCCAACUGUUUCCCAGAGCCCGUGGUUGAACCGCCUCCCUGAAAUGCCUCAGUUUGCUACUGGUCGAAGCCAGAAAAGGCUGUGACGAAGCUUAAACCAAUCACAUCACUCUUUCCUCUGACGUAUGUGACGCGACGAUAGGAUUCUCGCUGAGCCCCAUUGAUUUGGCUACCAGCGGGGCUAACUGGUAGAUUAAACUCUUACCGAAGCCGGUCGGGAGCAAGGCGAAAACGUCCUUCCUUUCAAUAAAUACCUCCAGGGCUGCUCUUUGCUCCGUUUUCAAUGAGAACUUCCCGUUGAAUGCUUUCAAUACAGCAUGAUUCUGUAAACAAUCUAUGGCUUCCGGUCGCAGUUCUACUACGUCACUGCCUUGAACACUCCUCUACC